AUGAAUAAGCUAGUAACACGUUAUUUCUCAGCGAACCUUCGUCUAUGUUCAAGGUUGGCCUCUAAUAGAUUAAUAAUACCUCCAUUAGCUCAUAUUAAUGGUGGAUCAGCAACCCAAAAAAUUAAAGAUAAAAAGAAGAAUUUUAUCAAAGUUGGAGAAUACAGACAGUUGCCAGAAGACAAUCCGAUUGAAAAGUAUUAUGAUGAGAUAGAAACAUUUUCAAAAGCCUGUUUAGAAAAGCAAUUGAAGAAAAACUAUUCAGACUUUGAAGGGAAUCCAGAUGAACUAGUCUUUGAAAUUGAAAAAUACGUAGAGUCACAAAUUAUACCGAAAUAUUCUGUUUUGGAUGAAGAUCGAGAAAAGACUACCCCAUCUUUACCAUCAAUGGUUUAUUGUAAAACUUUAGGUGACAAGUUGGUUAUUGAAAGGUACAUUUCCUUUGCAAGAGCUGUCAGAUUGGCACUUAUUUUUAAUGGAGGUCAUCCUUUUAUCUUUGAUCUAAUGUUACAAGGAAGGUCUGUGUUUGACAAAAUAGGUGAGAAAACUAAGUGA